CAAACAAAUUUUCGCAAGUCUGCUAUCGUACGUUAGAAAUAUAGCUUAUACUAAUGAACUUUGAUUUGUUUUUUUUAUGGAAAAAGUGCAGUAGUGAUUACUUAUUUGUUUAAUAACUCAAAUUACCGUUUAGCUAUCGGUGGCACGUUGGUGUGAAACUUAAUGGCGUUGUUUAUGUCACCAUACGUGUGAAAUUGGAAGUUUUUCAGCGCACACCAUUUACAUAUGCCAACCACCCACCAACUAUUGAAGAAAAUUAAAAACACGCACAUUUCAAUUGUGACGCAGCAAGAUUACAAUUGUUAAUGGCUUCAAAUUCGCAGGUUGGAAAAAUAGUGGUCGUCGUUGCACUCACAUUUUUUCUAUACUAUUUCUUUUGGGUAUCCAUAUUGCCGUUCAUGCUGAUAGACGAAGCUAACUUAAUACAUUCGUUAUUUCCACCGCUUGAGUAUGCUUUUAUAUUCCCGGCAGUAUUCGGCGUAAUUUUCCUUGGUGGCACAUCGGCCUACACCUUGUACCAUAUCUGGGAUUAUAUUUGGCAGCGAAAAACUAUAUAAAAACGUUGAAAAGGUUAUCUAACUUCAGCCAUCCGCUUGAAGACGACAUCAACCGGUUGGAAACCGAAUUCUCGUCUAAUAAUUGCAGU